AUGCGUUUCACUACUGGAUUGGCCAUUGCCGCUGCUCUGAUCGGUGCCGAGGCACGCGUCAGACACGACAGCCGCCCCUACGGCAACCCCAAUGAGAGCGGAUUCGGUGGAUCAUGGCCCGGAUCCGGCGCCGGCUCAUCCUCCGUGGCCGCCACAUCUACUCACACGCGCACUGCCACUCACACGGCAGCAGCUUCCACCUCUUUUGUCACCUCGGUCACCAAGGCGUCAGACUCGUACCACUCGUCGUCGUCGACUGGCACCAAGACCAGCUCGACGACCGCCGCCGCCACCACCUCGGCCUCUUCCUCCUCUGGCUCCUUGACCACGGACGAGCAAAACGCCCUCGACGCACACAACAGCGCCCGCAGCGACGUCGGCACCUCGGCGCUGGUCUGGGACGCCGACCUGGCCGCCGAGGCGCAGGAGUGGGCCGAGACCAUUGCCUCUCAGGGCUCGCUCACCCACUCGUCCACCUCCAACGAGGGCGAGAACCUGUACAUGGGCUACGACUCGACCCCCUACACGAGCGCCGUCGCCGCCUGGGUCUCGGAAAAGGCAGACUACAGCGGCGAGACCAUUAGCUCGACAAACUACAUGACCUUUGGCCACUACACCCAGGUCGUCUGGAGCACCACCACCAAUGUCGGCAUGGGUUCUGCCACCAGCUCUGAUGGUGCCACCUACGUUGUCGCCCGCUACUCGCCCCCUGGCAACUACAUUGGCGAGACUGCUUACUAG